AUGGAUGAUCACGAUGGGACUGCAGAGAAAAAGAAGAGGGGGUGUGGGGGGGAGGAGGAGGAGUCCCGGAGGACCGAGAGGGCGAGGGAGGAGGGGAGUAAGGGAGAUCGGAGAGGAGCGGGUUGGGCAGAGGCAAGGGAGGAGGAGGAGGAGGAGGAGGAGGAUCUCGAAGGAGAAUCGAUGGGAAGAAGCGUACCAGCGCAGACACCUUAG